CGCUCUCUUUUUCCCGCCAGCCACAGUCGAAGGGGCCGCUGCGCUCCGGCAACAAGUGUCAGUAGUGCGAGACGAUCGUGAACGCUGCGCAAGUGGUGCGCCGGCCGUCGCCGCUGCUUUUCUUUUUUCUCGUGAGUGCGUGGCAGCCGGAGGUGCGGCGAAGCGGCAGCCAUGGAUCAGCUCUUCGGGAACCUGAAGGGCUUCUUCAAGACUGACUUCACAGUCAUCGACAACAACGUGUUUCGGCUGCACUACAAGGCGACCGUGUGCAUUCUCAUCGCCUUCAGCAUCCUGGUGACGGGCAGGCAGUACAUCGGCGACCCCAUCGAUUGCAUCAGUAAGGACGCGGUGCCGCCGAACCUGCUUGACACCUUCUGCUGGAUACACACCACCUUUUCGCUCACGGAUGCCUGGCACAAGAAAGUGGGCGUCCAAGUGCCUUACCCCGGCGUGGACAAGUACACGCCGGGCGAGAAGCGCGUCUACCAUGCCUACUACCAGUGGGUCUGCUUCGUGCUCUUCCUGCAGGCCGUGCUGUUCUACGUGCCUCGCUACUUCUGGAAGGCUGUCGAAGGCGGCCGCAUCAAGAACCUUAUCCUGGGCCUUAACAAUCCGAUCCUCCCCGAGGAAGCCAAAGAAAACAGUCGCAAACUGCUCGUCGAGUACCUGGCCAUCAAUCUGAACAACCACAACAUUUUCUUCUACGGAUACGUGGUGGCCGAGGUGUUCAACUUCGUCAACGUCGUCGGCCAGAUGUUCCUCAUGGACAUGUUCCUCGGGGGCGAGUUCUCCAGCUACGGUUCCAAGGUGCUGCAGUUCACCGAGUGGGACUGGUCCGUGCGAUACGACCCCAUGAUCAGGGUGUUCCCCAGGCUAACCAAGUGCACCUUCCACAUGUACGGUUCCUCGGGCGAUGUGCAGAAGCACGAUGCCAUGUGCAUCCUGCCCAUCAACAUCAUCAACGAGAAGAUCUACGUCUUCCUCUGGUUCUGGUUCAUCGUCCUCGCCUGCUUGUCUGGCGUGGUGCUCAUUUACCGGGCGUUCGUCAUCUUCCUCCCCCGCAUCCGCUUCAUUGUCCUGCGGCGUCGCGCAAAGCUCGCCAACAAGGACUAUGUGGAGCGCGUCUGCGACCGCUGCAAGCUCGGUGACUGGCUCGUCCUGGACCUGCUGUGCAAGAACAUGGAUCCCGUCAACUUCCGAGAUCUCAUCAACGACUACGUGCGACGCCUCGACCACAAGAGCAUCGACAACGCGUAGACGCUGUCUCUCGCUAGUGUGCGUUUCUCGAACACCGACGACCGACCGAAGCCGCGGUUUUGGGUUUUCGGGCACGAUGAUUUGUAGCCGACCUUGACACCGGCAAGUCCGUGCGUCUCUUCAUUCCUCUUUACUUUUUUGUCCCUCGUGAACCCGGCAGCUCGAGUUAUCUGUCGGCAUGCAAUCGCUACUUUGAGGGAGACAAACCAAAAUGGCGUUAGCCGCCUGGAGCCAGUAAUCUAGCCGAGCUACUACUUUUGACUUGAGCUGCCUUUACAGCGUGCCUUCAGGCAAGGCAUUGCAAGUGCCAAGAUUAUGAUGGAGGGAGCAAUAUCAGAGUUGCCUAUGCUGCCACUGUUGUUUUUAUAUGUGAGUUGUCUUUAUGUGUAAUCGCUGUCAUGGUAGCUGUGAGCCUAGGAACAAAUUCAUAUACAAUUGAAUGAACACUAGGAAAAAAAAAAAAAAACGCAUUUUGCUUCAGUUGUACGCUGUUUGCGGUUUCUUUUUCCUUUUUUUUUUUUUUUUUUUUUUUUUUUGCAAUUCUGUCAUGAAGAAUCUCUGCGUCGUCGUUACGAUCGCUGCUUGACGUACAAGCGUCCUGAUUUUUUUUUCUCCUUUGGCUCUCUUUUUGGCGUAAAUGUUGCAAUCUAUACUCGUCGCGAUGAAGAGAAGCAAUAUUUUAAUUUUUUUCUUUUUGUUACUCAGUGCCUUAGAGGUAACAACAAGAUCCCAAGUCUUCCAGAUUUUCUUGUGCAUUCCUUGCGGCUUGGUCUCUUAUUUAACGUUGCACAGAGACUGUGUUUGCAAGUAUUCCCAUUUUGUCCUGCAGAGUUUGUUCUGUUUUCUUUUUUUUCGAACCAUGAAGUGUUAUUGGAGCAGGUGUGCGUUUCUUGCAUUUAUCAGUUUUUUUUUUUUUUUUUUUUUUUUUGUACAUGUUUAAACUAGCGUACAUAAUGUCAGCUAGUUCUGUCUCGCUCUCUGGUUACCCGGGGAAGUGCCUUGCCAAACUUCUUUUAUUAUUUUUGUACGGUCGUGCACUUGCUAGUUGCGAGAAAAAAAAAUCAUAUGCGAUGAUUCUGUACUGCCAGGGCGUUGUUUAAAUGCUUUAUUUUUGUACUGUGCGACGUCGUCUGUAAGAUAAAAAAAACAAGCAUUUUUUGUGUGCGUGUGUACGAAUGCGUGGAAAAUGCCACAAAGCAACAAAUGUCUGGUGGAUCAUGGUGAGACGAAUAAAUGUUACAUACAAGACGUU